GCUAGUUUCUGGAAACGCAGUACACGGUGACACACGCAGCAUUCUUAAACGGAAGGUCGUGUCCCCUACCGUGGGGUAAUAUUGUCAGUAGUUCGGAGCAGAGAUGAUGUCUGUAGCUGCCCGGUCCGGGGCUCUGUCCCCUCACAUGCAGGCAGCGAAACACUCCGUUAAAAGCCUGGUUUUCCCCGGAGCGAAGGAGCUGGUGCCCGCUGCUGCGCCUGCCGGGAUCCGCCUCGCUCACACAGACAUCAAGAUUCCUGACUUUGGAGACUACCGUCGCUCUGAUGUCUCAGAUCCCAACAAGUCAUCCCAGGACAGCAGUGAGGGGAGGAGGGUGUUCUCCUACCUGGUCACCGGAGCGUCCACCAUGGUGGGCGUCUAUGCAGCCAAGACAGUGGUCACCCAGUUCGUAUCUUCCAUGAGUGCGUCCGCCGAUGUCCUGGCCUUAUCCAAGAUUGAGGUCAAGCUGAGUGACAUCCCCGAAGGCAAGAACAUGACCUUCAAAUGGAGAGGAAAGCCCCUGUUUGUCCGUCACCGCACGGAGAAGGAAAUUGCCACAGAGGCAGCCGUGAACCUAUCGGAGCUGCGUGACCCAGAGCACGACAAGGAUAGAGUGAUCAACCCCAGCUGGGUCAUCGUCCUUGGCGUGUGCACCCAUCUGGGCUGCGUGCCCAUCGCCAACGCCGGAGAAUGGGGAGGCUACUACUGUCCCUGCCAUGGCUCCCACUACGAUGCCUCAGGAAGAAUAAGGAAGGGACCUGCUCCUCUGAACCUGGAAGUUCCCUACUACGAGUUCCCUGAUGAAGACACAGUCAUUGUUGGAUAAAUACUCGAGCUCAGUGGCCGUUCCUCUGUAAUUUUUAUUUUUAAAUGGCGAUGUGAAAGAGCUGGGGGUGACACAAAGUAUGUAUAUUUAAUAAAGAGAUAUCUCCAACCUUA